AUGGCAGAUCCAGAACAGCCAAAGUCGAACGCCAUCGUGGCACCUAUUGCCUACGUUGAAAAUGUCGAAGUCCAAAGCGAUGCCAGGAAGGCUGCCGAAGCCGAGAAGAGCAUGACGCUUUGGCAGGCGCUGCAAGGCAACUGGAAGGCAGCGUUGUGGUCGGCGAUCAUCAGUCUGACUAUCAUCAUGGAGGGUUACGAUGUUGGUCUCAUCUAUCAGUUCUUCGCUUACCCGUCCUUCGCAAAGACCUUCGGAACGUGGCAUGCAGCGUCCAACUCGUAUCAAGUCUCCGGAUCGUGGCAAGCAGCCCUCAGCAACGGCGCAAACGUCGGCAUUGUCAUCGGAGGCUUCCUGAACGGCUUUCUCUCACCCAAGUUCGGCUACAAGAGAGUCGUCCUCGGCUCCCUCUUCGUGAUGAACUGGUUGAUCUUCAUCCCGUUCUUUGCCAGCUCUGCACAGGUUCUUUUAGUCGGCCAGAUCCUAUGCGGUUUGACCUGGGGUGUCUUCGCCACGACCGGGCCAGCCUAUGCGUCUGAGGUCUGCCCUCAGAUCCUGCGAGGAUAUCUCACUUGCUAUGUCAAUCUAUGCUGGGCGAUCGGUCAACUCGUUUCCGCUGGUGUCUUGUACGGAGCCUUGGAUCUUCCAGAUCGAUGGAGCUACCGGCUGUGCUAUGCCUUGCAAUGGGUGUGGCCAGUCCCACUGCUCCUCGCCAUUCUGUUCGCUCCCGAGUCUCCAUGGUACCUGGUCCGUACGAAUCGUGUCGACGAUGCCUACAAGUCACUUGCAAAGCUGGGAACGACGGAUCCGCAAGCGCAGCAACAGACGAUCGCUCAGAUCAACCACACUCUGAAGCUUGAACAAGAGAUGGAGUCUGGCACCAGCUAUCUUGACCUGUUCCGAGGUGUCGACCGCCGGAAGACCGAAAUCGCAUGUAUGGCUUUCAUGGGACAGGUUCUAUCUGGCUCCACAUUCGCAUUUGGACCAACGUACUUCUUCCAACAGGCCGGCAUCUCUACCACCAACUCAUACCAGAUUGCAGUCGGCGGCACCGCGUGUGGUUUCGUGGGAACCAUCUUCUCCUGGUACUUGAUCUCCAAGUUCGGAAGACGUACGCUCUACCUCGGCGGCCUCAUCCUCGACUCCAUCCUGCUGCUCACCAUCGGCAUCCUCGCAUCGGCCUCUCAAGCAUCUGGUUCCAAGUGGGCUCAAGCAACGCUCUGCAUCCUCUGGCUGCUCGUCUAUUCGGCGACUAUCGGGCCAAUCUGCUACACCAUCAUCUCGGAAACGUCUUCUCUCGGGCUGCGGGCGAAAUCCGUCUGUCUGUCGCGAAACGUCUAUAAUAUCACCCAGAUCGUUGCAAACGUCAUCGAGCCGUAUCUCAUCAAUCCGACCGAAGGCGGCCUCAAGGGUCAGACGGCAUAUUUCUGGUUCGGCACGGCGUGUCUCGCGAUCAUGUGGACGUAUUUCCGUCUGCCAGAAUGCCGCGGCCGUACCUAUGAAGAGCUCAACGUCAUGUUCCACGAGAAAGUGCCAGCCAGAAAGUUUGCAAGUUGGGAAGGUGAUGCGUAUGACAAUGAGUUGACGAGGAGGAAGGCGAAGUUGGAUGAAAUGUGA